GAUCCAAAACAAAGAAAGGCUUUUUUGGACUGGGCCUGCGUCGUGACCGUUUACGUCAGAAUGUCCCACGCCAUAGCUUAUGACCAGGUUUUGAUUGAAGUGAAGAUUUAGCCUCAAGGGGGGCACUGGCCCAACCCGGUGAAGAGUGGCGAUGUCGGCCCUGCAAGAGCGAUGUCCGGUCGCUUUCAAGGCCAAGGAGGUGGAAAUACCUGGAGUUUUACAAGAUAAUGAGACUAGGGCGGCGAAGGAUGCCGACGGCGACAAUGCGGAGUUCGCUGAGCGUUUCCCCCGCUCCCACCGAUUCCUGCGCAACCUCGCUCAGCGCAAGGCAGCGCUGAUGGACGAGAUACGCCGUCGCAACGCGCCGCGCGAGGCGCUGGCUGCGGCCGGCAAAGCCCUCAUGGCGCAAGACAUUUGCGCGGCCGCCAGCGGAGGCGGCUGGCUGCUUCACUCCUUCAGCUCCGACCUGGAGAGGCCGCUACCGCCGCACUUGCCACAGCCUCCAUCGCACCCGCUCCACUCGCAUGUGCUGCAGCCGCAGCAGCCGCACCAAACGGUAUCGGCAGAGCCGCUUACGCCAGCACCGUCGUCACCAGCGCAGCUGCAUGCCAGGCAGGCGGCGCUGGCGACGGCAUCGUCUGCACCGGCGGCCUCAUAUGCUGCACUCAUCCUCGGCGCGUGGGGCGCGCCCGGGCCACAUCAGGACAGCCCGAUCGGUGUAGCGCCGCUAAGCUGCCCCAGCUACAGCGCACUGCCUGUAGAUGGCGGCGCCAGCGCUAACGACUGUGUGCGCGUACCGCACCCUUUGAUAGAGUUUGCCGCGCGCCCGAGCAGCGGCGGCAUGGCGCCAGGGGCUGCAGUUGCCAUGGGCGAGUUGAGUUCCUCCGCGGCAGCCGAGCCCGCCACCAACACGCUGCUGAACGGGCUGCUGGCGACAGUGGUGAAGCGGCAGAAGUCUGUGUCUACGCGGUUUCAAAUGCACUCCCGCAAGGUCAAGGAACAGGACGCUGACGGGCUCCUGGACGAACAGCUGCCCGACCUGGCGGUGGCGCUGGCGUCGCUGGUGGCGGAGGCGGCGGCGCGGGAGCAGGAGCAGCGGGCAGCGGCCGGCGGCGGCGGCGGCCUCCGCCGGAACCCCUCUUGCUCUCGCUCAACGGGAAGCGACGACGGCGGCGGCCGGCGGUCGCCGACUGCCCGAAGUCGCAGCCCCAGCUGCAGCCCCAGCCGCAGCCCUAGCCCUGGCCGGCGGCUCGCUCAAAGGAGGACCCAGAGCCUACGCAACAGCAGCAGCGGCAUGGACGUUCCAAGCAACGGCAACGACGCUGAUGACACGGGCGCUGUCGCCGCCUCCUCCUCGACGCUGGCGCCUUCAGCAUCCUUUCCGGCUCCCGGCGCCUGCCUGCCUGGCACAGCACGCCCCAGCUCCACCCGCUUCGGCCCCACGCCUCCGACAUCGGGCCCGCCACCAGCCUCAACCAACAGCGCCAGCGGGGCGCCGGCGGCGUCGGCGCCCCAGCCACCAGCUGACCUGUCCAGCUUCCAGCAGACGCGGCGGCAGCGCCUGCAACAGCAGCUCCAGCGGCCGCAGCUCAGCACCGGCGGUGGUGGCCCGGGCAACGCUGACGGCCUUGCGCCCCGCUCGUCCUCCUCCUUCACGCGCGUGCCCGCCUCCCGCCUGGUGAUGGGCGGCGUCUCGCAGUCGUUGGAUGGCGGCGUCUGGGCGUCGGCGGAGGGCGCGGCGGCCGCUGUGGUGGCGCUGUCAGGCGAGGUACGGCCGUACUCGUCGCCCUUGCAGGCGCCGUGGACCCAGGGAGACGGACUCCAGCUGCCGCGCCUGACCAGCGCUGGCGGGGCGGCAAGCCACCGCACGCAGCCCGCGGGCGGCGUUGCCGGGGUGUCAGGCGCUGUGGUCGAUGCGAGGGCAGCAGCAGGCGGCGGAGCCGCUUCGCCUGCGUGGUCAGCGCCCGGCGGUGCUGCUCCGACGGGGGAGAGCAGCGGCAGCGGUGUGUGUGGUGCCAUGUCGCCGCGAUUGCGCAGCAGCGGCAGCCGCAGUCGCUUCCAAUCGCCGUCAUCCAGCCGCCGCCUGAUACCGACGGGUGCCGCUACUGGCGUUUCUGGUGGCGGUGGCAGCAACGGCGCGCCACCAUCAUCGCCUGGCGGCUCCGUGCCUCUCACACGGGGCCAGUCCUGGUGGGCUAAGAGCACCGUGGCACGAGAGCUGGUGUUCCUCAAAUAGUGAAACGCAAUACAGUUUAGAACCAUGCGUUGACGCUUGCGGACUAUAGCGGUCCCGGUAACAUGGUAGCAGGGCUCCUAUCUUAAUGUCUCCAGACAUGAAUUGGCCAUUUUGGCCGUUUUCUGGACAUUCCUUCCGGGGCCUAAUGUCUGGGGCUAGACUUUGUUGGCCCGGGUUUGGGGCGGGUUUGUCCGAAUUCCUAUGAGAAAGCCCCAAACCGCCCUAUGCUCAGACGAAAGACGGCGGCCAGCCGGCCGUUAUUGUCUGGAGCCAGACAUCACCCCGAAAACAAGAUACAAACCCUGCGUGGUAGCCUUUGUCGUUGGGUGCGAUUGAAGGCGCUGUGGCAGUUUCCGCACAUUUCCUAGCCGGUGGCUUGAUAACUUGCUCGAGUGUUUGAUACGCCUUUGAACUGAACACGGGCGUUUGCGGCCACUUAAUAGUUACUUGCUAGAGUAGUUGAUGAUUGCUAGCUGCCAAUGACCGUACAACAUGAAUUCUGUUAGGUCAGUGGUGUGUUCGCUUUGGGUUUGACGCCUGUAACGUUGAAGAUAGCGUAAUGCGGAGGCUGAAGAUGUCCAUUCAUGACUUCAUGACAAAUCUGAGGACUGGGGCAUUCAAGUCACAAUUUGCGAGGUAGUGGUGCGGAAGAAGUGUACUUGGUGUUUGGAGCUGGGGCGAAACGCCGACACGGGCCGGCUUGAGUGUGUGUGAACCGGGACGCAUUUGAAGACACCUCAGCGCGCGUAGUGAAGCUUACGUGUAUGAUGGACACUUACACAUCGCUACAAUGGCCCAGCGCCAAAGAGACGAGCAACGGAGCAAGCGGAGAUGUCGCCUAUGAGGUGGGGAGACACGUGUAGGGAGCGUUGAUAGGUUUGGGGCUGUUCAGUAGCCAGCAGCCCAGGCUCAAGACUCAUGAGGCGGGCAUGCUCUUAAUGGGCGUAGCACCAGCUCUUAUGUGAGAGUGUAAUAUCUUUGUAAACAAGGCUCUUU